UGUUUGCGUUGGUUGAGCCGUUGAGGUAUGACAAUUCUCAUCUCACCAAACCCUCUCCAAAUUCCAAUUUCGGGUAUGAGACGGAGACAUUUAUUAUCUUUCGGUGAAAGAUCGAAAGCUGGAAGAAACAGCAAGUCGAUUAAUCGAAGCAAACUGGACUGCUUGACUCCUUCUGAAUCUUUCGUUCCAAUUCAAGCUUCCAGGCAGCAACACGUAUCUGCAAUCCAAAGGAAACUUAUUUAAUGAUUAUUGCAUUUGAGUCGGCCAUUUUCGGUUCGGAAUUUGAUCGGCUUAAUCUCAGAAGAGGAAGAGAUUAUGGCGAUUUAUGUUGGGGAUUACGCAGCAGAAAAGGACGGCUAAAAGAGGCAAAAACUUAGGUUGGUUGGUUGACAUGACCCCGCGCUGUUAUUAGACUUUGCUUGCAAACUUUUUUCGCGGAGGCAGUGUAUAUAAUGAGCCGAUUGAUGAAUUGCUGCUUCUCCAGUCCGGUUGCGAGGCGAAGGACAGAUUCACAGGGAUCAGGAGGUGUUAUGGAGAGGCCGUCGACGAGCAAUGCCAAUUUCGAGUUUGAGGCUAACGUUGGCAAAGUGAAGUUCGAUGAGGAGUUCAAGGAUUCAAUCAGCAGACCAGCUAUUAAUGUCAUCCAAAACCAUGAUUUUUCCGAAGGACUUCAUCUAUGGCAUCUGAAUUGUUGUGAUGGGUUUGUGAUUUCCUCUGAGUCUGGAUCGCCUCAAUGGCUGUCUACAAAGUUAAGCGGCAGUUUCGCUGUUGUUACAAAUCGAAAAGAAAGUUGGCAGGGCCUCGAACAAGACAUCACCAGCAGAAUUUCUGCUGGUUCUAAUUACACAGUUUGUGCUUGGGUUGGACUAUCAAGGGCUUCUCAAGGUGUUGCAAAUGUGCAGGCCACUCUGAAACUUGAGUACAAGGAUUCGCCAGUUAGCUAUUUGUUCAUCGGAAAAACUUCUGCUUCAAUGGAGCACUGGGAGAAGAUUGAGGGCACAUUUUUACUAUCAACUAUGCCUCAUCGAGUUACAUUUUAUCUGGAAGGGCCUCCACCUGGUAUUGACUUGCUCAUAAGAACAGUAAUGAUUUCCGGCCCAAGUCCAAGCAAAAAUGAUACACGGCAUAUUCAAAGUACGAGGUCUUUCUGUGAUGACGAGGAGAACAUCAUACAGAAUUCAAAUUUUGAAGAUGGAUUGAAAAAUUGGUCUGGUAGAGGUUGCAAGAUUGCAUUGCACGAUUCUAUGGCAAAUGGGAAAGUACUACCUGCAUCUGGAAAGUUCUUUGCCUCGACUGAAAAUCGCACACAGAACUGGAACGGGAUUCAGCAGGAGAUAACAGGGAGAGUCCAGAGGAAGCUUGCUUAUGAGGUGACUGCUGCGGUUCGGAUACUUGGUAAUAACGUCAGUAAGGCUGAUGUUAGAGCUACACUGUGGGUUCAAGCAGCAGAUCUUCGUGAACAGUACAUAGGGAUUGGAAGCAUUCAGGCGACAGACAAAGAUUGGGUACAAUUGCAAGGAAAAUUUCUUCUAAAUGGUUUCCCGUCACGGGUCGUUGUUUAUCUAGAAGGUCCGCCUCCAGGCAUCGACAUUCUUCUCAACAGUCUUGUUGUAAAGCAUGCUCCCCGAGCUCCACCUGCUUUUCCACCGGUCAUUGAGAAUGCUCUUUUUGGAGUUAAUAUUAUCACUAACAGCAACCUUAGUGACGGCACCAACGGGUGGUUCCCCCUCGGAAAUUGCUCGUUGUCUGUUAGAAAUGGUUCGCCUCAUAUCCUUCCUCCCAUAGCUGAAGCCUCCCUUGGACCUCACGAGCCCUUGAGCGGUCGCUACAUUCUCGUUACUAACCGGACGCAAACGUGGAUGGGUCCAGCUCAGAUGAUUACCGAUAAAGUGAAACUCUAUUUAACAUAUCAGGUAUCGGGAUGGGUUCGAAUCGGCAGCAGGGUGACUAAACCUCAGGGUGUUAAUGUUGCCCUUGGUGUGGACAACCAAUGGGUAAACGGCGGGCAAGUCGAGAUCAGCGAUGACGAGAAAUGGCAUGAAAUCGGGGGAUCUUUUCGAAUUGAGAAGCAGCCUGAGAAGAUAAUGGUUUACGUACAGGGCCCCGAUGCCGGCGUCGAUUUCAUGGUUGCCGGGCUUCAAAUCUUUCCAGUUGAUCGGCAUGCAAGAUUUCGAUACUUGAAGAAAGAAACCGAUAAGAUUCGCAAGCGGGAUGUUACCUUAAAGUUUGUGACCUCCGAUUCGGACACACUCGCCGGUACCUUCGUGCGAAUCAGACAAACGCAAAAUAGUUUCCCCUUUGGAGCGUGUAUUAGCAGGAGCAACCUCGACAAUGAAGAUUUUGUCGACUUCUUUACCGAAAACUUCAACUGGUCCGUCUUCGGAAAUGAGCUGAAAUGGUAUUGGACGGAGCCGCAGCAAGGGACCUUCAACUACAAAGAUGCCGACGAGAUGUUAAACUUCUGUGAAAGCCGCGGCAUUCAGCUCCGGGGCCACUGUGUAUUCUGGGAAGUCGAAGCAACCGUUCAGCCAUGGAUACGCUCUCUGAGCAAACCAGAUCUGAUGAAAGCUGUGCAGAACCGAAUGACGGGUCUUCUCACCCGAUACAAGGGGAAGUUCAAGCAUUACGACGUGAACAACGAAAUGCUGCAUGGUUCGUUCUAUCAAUCCCGUCUCGGAAAGGACAUCCGGGCGAAGAUGUUCGAGACGGUGAAUCAGCUCGACCCGUUCGCAACUCUUUUCGUAAACGACUACCAUAUUGAGGACGGUUGCGACUCCCAGUCGUCGCCCGAGAAGUACAUUGAUCAAAUUCUUGAUCUACAAUCGCAGGGCGCCCCCGUCGGAGGGAUCGGCAUACAGGGACACAUCGACAGCCCGGUCGGGGCAAUCGUCUGUUCGGCGCUCGACAAGCUCGGGAUUCUUGGACUUCCUAUUUGGUUCACGGAAUUGGACGUGUCGUCGACUAACGAAUAUGUUAGAGCUGACGACUUGGAAGUUAUGCUGCGGGAAGCUUACGCGCACCCCGCCGUCGAAGGCGUGGUGCUGUGGGGGUUCUGGGAGCUGUUCAUGAGUCGGGACAACGCUCAUUUGGUGAACGCCGAAGGAGACGUCAAUGUCACCGGGGAAAGGUUUCUUGCGCUCAAGCACGAGUGGUCAUCGAGAGCGCACGGUUACGUCGACGAACAAUGUGAAUUCGGGUUUCGGGGAUUUCAUGGAUCGUAUGAAGUCGAGAUCAUCGGGGCUCUGUCGGGGGAGAUCGCCGUGAAGACGUUUGUCGUCGACGCCGGUGAAGAUCCUCUUGUUGUGUCCGUAAGUUUGUAGUUCUUGUCAGACUGCGGAUAUCCACGUCAUAAAAAAGAAUUUGUGACCAUUUGAGUCAUGAUUCAAACCUCUCCCCCUUCAAAUUCGUUUGUCACACGUGAUUUUUGAUCAACCUAGUUUUUUUUUCUUUUAUUGUAUUUUGGAUUAUCAGAAAUAUCAAUAAAUUUUUAUAUUAAAAUAUUAUUAUUAUUUUUUUUCAUACAUCA